UGUUCCAUUGUAGAAAAAACACAUUUCCACAGCCAAAACUAUCUUAUCCCCUAAAAAUUAUCAGAAAAAUUGCAUCAAAAAAUGGCAGCAAACCUAUUCUCUCCACUCUCAUGUUAUUGUUCAAUCUCGAAUUACAAAACCAGAGAAAAUUAUCUCUCCAACCAGAACCACAACCAACACCACCCAUUUGCAGCUAAUUUGAAGGCGAAAAGGGUAGUAAAAAUGGGUGCAUCUGUAGAAGAAAUGAGUAUAUCCUCAGAAUUGGCAACAGAUUUAGCUAAUCAUCUUCAUGAGAAUCCUUCCUCAGUUAUUUUAAUGGCGGAAAGUGUUGGGUAUUCUGUUGCUAGUUAUUAUACUUCUCUGGGUCUGUUUGUUAUAUCUGUUCCUGGGCUUUGGUCUCUGAUCAAACGGUCAGUGAAAUCUAAGAUAGUAAAAAAGACUUAUGUACAAGGGGAUGAGAUAAAGAAGGCUCCAAAUCAGGUUGCAGGGGAAGUGUUAUCCUACUUCACUCGCAACAAUUUUACGGUGACUGAUAGAGGAGAGACGAUUACUUUUGAAGGGACAAUGUUACCGAGUAGAGGGCAAGCAGCAUUGCUGACAUUCUGCACUUGCAUAAGCCUAGCAAGUGUAGCUCUUGUGCUCACUAUUACAUUUCCAGAUGUGGGCAACAAUUGGUUUUAUAUCAUUGCACUUAGUCCUUUGGCUGGAGCAUAUUAUUGGAAACGAGCAACACGAAAGGAACAGAUCAAGAUCAAAAUGGUUGUAAGAGAAAACGGGACACUAUCAGAAAUCGUUGUUCAGGGAGAUGAUCAGCAAGUAGAGCAAAUGAGAAAGGAACUACAGCUAAACGAGAAGGGAAUGGUAUAUGUUAAGGGCAUUCUCGAAAGAUAAUUAUACCCUGCCAAAUUCUUAUUAUUUUAGAUACUACCAUUGUAAAAAUAAUACAAGAAAAUCUCAUCUCAUCCCUUGUAUGUUUCUGAAGAGCAUUUUGUGCGGCAAAUACAGUCUUUGUUGAGAUGUACUGUAAA